UGGUUACCCGUGCGCUUUAAGGAAUGGGUCACGCACUUUUUAGAAGUCACGUCAGUUAGGAAGAGGAGCUCGACCCACCUGAUGAUCCUAGGCUCAGCCCGCUCCACAUGACUUACCAAGGGAUGGCAAAUUAAUCUACCUAUCUAGAGUGCGUUUUAUAUUGCUCGGAAAUCGACCUUUUUGGAACUCGUGAAUAUUUUACAGAACAAUAAAAGAGCGAAACAGUUAAUUAUCAAGCCUAAAACUGCACUACGUUUGAUUGUUCUUUUUUUCUCUUCCCCCGUACUAAUUUUAGCCUUUAUUUUUGCACUUGAACAUUUUUGUGAGGAUGCAUACCACCCAAAAGGACACCACGUAUACCAAGAUAUUUGUCGGUGGUCUUCCGUACCAUACAACGGAUUCCAGUCUAAGGAAAUACUUUGAAGUGUUUGGGGAAAUUGAGGAGGCUGUGGUGAUUACCGACAGGCAGACUGGAAAGUCCAGGGGUUAUGGAUUUGUGACCAUGGCAGACCGCUCUGCGGCAGACAGAGCUUGUAAGGACCCCAACCCCAUCAUUGAUGGCAGGAAGGCGAAUGUUAACCUGGCUUAUCUGGGAGCCAAGCCACGGGUGAUGCAGCCAGGUUUUACCUUUGGUGUCCCUCAGAUUCACCCAGCUUUCAUCCAAAGACCAUAUGGGAUCCCCACUCACUACGUGUACCCACAAGCCUUCAUGCAGCCCAGCAUGGUCAUCCCCCACAUCCAGCCAACUGCGGCCUCCGCCACCGCAUCCUCGCCUUACAUCGACUACACCGGCGCAGCAUACGCUCAGUACGCCAGCGCAGCAACUGCCGCGGCUGCCGCAGCCUAUGAGCAAUAUCCAUAUGCAGCCUCUCCUGCUGCAGCUGGCUACGUAGCUACCACCGGCUAUGGCUAUGCAAUGCAGCAACCUCUGGCCACCGCUGCUCCGGGAUCUGCUGCCGCAGCCGCUGUGGCCUUCGGUCAGUACCAGCCCCAGCAGCUGCAAGCUGAACGGAUGCAAUAGCAACCAAUGGGGCGAACAGGAGAUGUGCGGGGGAGGUUGACACCCAGCGGCUGCUACUAGAUGAUGAUGUUGAAUGAUGAAGUAAAUGGGUGCUGGUUGCAGGUUGAUUGCAAGAGGAAGACGGGGAGAGUACAGGAGGAGAAUAGUAAUUGGUAGAGAUUACUAGUGAGGUGGAAACUCCAUUGCUUUCCAACUUGCUGUGAUUAAAACCAAAACAAAGAAAACAAAACAAAAAAGUUUGCAUAAAAAGACGGAAUCAUGCUUUAUAUUAUGAUCAUUAUCAAUAUUAUCAUGAUUACUAUAAUUAAUAUUAGAGUAGAAUAUUUAUUGGGAAAGGAGGAAUGCAGCGACUAAUCACUGUGGUAUAGGCGCGUUGUAGACGAAACCUUUAGUCCCGAUGCUGUCAUUAAUGUAGGCGUCCGUUUUUCCGAAAGACACUUGGAAAUGUCCCACAGUGUUUUGAUUCAAAGACCCCUUUACCUUUUUAUAUUUAUUCUAAUUUUUUGAAGGGCUCUUUUUGUUCUGUCUUCUCAAGUGUAUUUUUUUUUUAUCAUCAGGGAAAUGGAGCAUUUUUCAGCUAAUUAGAAAAGACAAACUCUACCAAUCAGGGAUAAGUAGACCUAACUGUGGCGAAUGGAGAGAGAUCCAGUGUUAGCAUGUUUUAUGUGUUCUGAACUACCUUUUAUCUAUCUGAUGCUGAAUGUCCUCCCUUUCUCCUGUCUUGACCUCUUGACCUAUGCAAAGCAAACAUGCCACCAGGGGACAAAAGUGUAGGAAAAGGAGUGAUUUUUCUCUUGCUCCCCCACAAAGGGCAUCGAACAAUUUGAAGGCACAAAAGACGAUAAGACUGCAAUAUAUUGUAUUAUAUGCUUACAAACACACAUGGAAUAACACAUACUCAGUUACACACAGAUUUAAGUGUAAACUUGUUUGUCUUGGGUUGAGGAAAUAUGCAUAAACACAUCUACACGGACAAAAAAAAAAACUGACUAUGUAGGGAAAAUGACUUGGGGAAAAUGCUCAGUGUUAGAAACUAGUACUAGAAUCAGAGAGCAACAGCUGUGUUGAAAGAAACGGGCACUGAUAGACACACAUUCACUGAGUGCUCUGGAAAGAUCACUGGUGCUCGUCUGUUGAGCCUUCACUGUUUCAUUCCUGGACCCAUUUUGGAGCAGGUCCUGCGACGGCUCUGUCAACAGUCCCUGUCCUUUUCCUAGAGAAGUUUUGGGUACUUGAGCAAAGACCUCCUGCACAUCUUCCCAGUAUCUCCCAAUAUCCUCUUCUAUGGAUCUCUCUCAUGAGUGACUCCUCGCUGGAUCAACACGAGGAACCUUAAUAAGUGAGGGGGUUAACUGAAGCUUUUCACCUCAUACAAAUGGACCGCUAUCAGUCAACACCAAUGAUAAAUGAUCUCCAAUCUUUAUAUGUUCAGUAAGAGCUAUGUCUGAGCACCAGCACACAUUUACAAGGUCUAUGUAUUUCAAUGAGCAACUCUUUACAAAACAGCACUAAAGCGAAAAGGAUCCCAGUAUGUGCAUAGGGUUCUUUGUGUGCCUUACAUUUGUAAUGCUAUUUAAAGAUAAAAAAGAUGUGCUAUUUAAGAUAUUUAUUUUGAGUUGACUUAUGUUGCGCUCUAAGAUCGCAGAUUUAGAAGCGGUACUGUAUGGAUAUAAUGUAUUCAUCUCAUGGCAUAUUAUUAUUAUUAUAAGUUAUGGAGGAGGUUUAGUUGUAGUAUUAUUAACAUACUCAACCAAAAAUGUUGGUGUAGGACUUAUUUAAGAUAAAUUUCUGUAUGUGUACUGUACAAUAUUUUUUUUCCUCUAUACCUUUUGGAAUUUUAGAACAUGACAUUAAAUAUUGGCUAGUUAAAUGCCUAUUGACAUUUAUUUUAUUGCAGGCCGGUUAAUCCAGGCAUGUUAUCUCAAUUUGUCAUAUCUACAACUGUAUAAAAGACUUUAAAAAAGGACAACCUGGCAAAACCUAAGGGACAUGCUGCUUCAUACACUAGAAUGUAUUGUCAAUGUCAAGGAUGGAUGCUGUGCUUAUAUUGCUUUAUGCAUCAGAUGGGCUAUUUUACACUGUUGAGAAUUUUUAUACUUGAACUCUUUCUUACAAGGGAAAUCAUAAAAAAAAAAAAAAAGUAUUACAUCAGAAAAAAACCAAGGAGAUUUUGCAUUUUCACUGGAUUUGGGCAUAUAAAGUGUUAUUGACUAUAUAAAUACAAACGUUCUGUAGGUAUUUAAGCCUUAUUUCAGAUUUUCAACACUAUUUAUUCAUAAUGGAAAUAAAAGGUUCUAUAUUUA